CCCAAGUCUGCGGAGCGCGGUGCAGCCAUGGAGGCGUCUGAGACCGAGUUGGAAGCCGCAACCCUGAAGGUCCUGGAUGAAGCAGCACAUGUGCUAGAACCCAUGGGCCUGCAGGAAGAGACAGAAUUGCCGGCCAGGAUCUUGGCUGAAUUUGUGAGGAACUCCAGAAAGAAAGACAAACUACUUUGCAGCCAGCUUCAGGUAGUUGACUUCCUGCAGAAUUUCCUGGCUCAGGAGGAUACUGCCCAGGGCCUGGACCCCUUGGUUUCUGAAGAAAUGAGCCGACAGAAGGCCAUUGCAGCCAAAGAACAAUGGAAAGAGCUGAAAGCCACCUACCAGGAGCAUGUGGAGGCCAUAAGAAGUGUCCUGUCCCAGGUGGAGGAGGCACAGAGGAAGCGAAUCCAGCUCCAGGAGGCCUUUGAGCAGCUCCAGGCUAAGAAACACAUGGCCAUGGAGAAAUUCAGAGCAGCACAGAAGCAGUGGCAGCUGCAACAGGAGAAGCAUCUACGGAAUCUGGCAGAAAUUUCUGCAGAGGUAAAGGAACAGCAGAUAGCAACUCGGCAACAGCUUGAGCGAUUGAAUCAGGAACUUGAAACUCUAAAACAGCAAGAAGGGCAGGAACAAGACAAACUACAGAGGCACCAGACUUUUCUCCAACUGCUCUAUACCCUACAGGGUAAAUCCUCUGUCCCUGAGUCUGAAGACAAAGCUACCAUAGGAGCUGCCCCUGCACCUUCAUCUCCCUAAGGGUGUGGAAAGAGAGGGGGCUUCUGGUUUACCUCUUUUUCCAUCUGAGGUCUGCUGUUUGUCCAGUCGAGAAUCGAGUUUGGAAGUGGAAAAAAACAUGUUACAGUUGAAGGGUUGAAACUUAGCACAUUGUUCUCAUGCCUGACUCUCCAAGGGUAACUCUUGCUUUCUUCUCCAGCAGAGUGGACUGUGAACUGUUUCUGACCAUUAUAAUUUCUAGUGUGUGGGUUUUUUUUUUUUUUCGAAUUACAAACUCCAGCUGUCUCUGUUACUUAUUUGUUACUCUCAUAAGAUGGUGGGAUGAAUAACAGUCAAUCAAAAGCUAUUUAACAUUACAACAGCUGGGACUGGUAUUAAUGAAUGGAGAGAAAAUGGGUGGUCUGAUUAGUUGUUUGCUCGGAUCAUAUGAGGCAGAUAUUUUGAGCUUAAUUCUAAGUGGUUAGACCGGAGAAAACAAUUUUAUUGAUUCA